AUGUCCCAAUUGCGUUCCCGCAAACCGGGCCCCCUGGCCGCCGCUACCAUACGGGAACCGGAGAGUGAAGAUGCCACCGCUGAGAAGCUUACUCUCACUUACGAGCCCAAAGACCCGGAGUACAAGUACUACGGGGCGAUGAUGAUCAUCACGUUGAUCGCCGCCUACCUUCGGUUCUCCAACCUCGAGUUCCCAUCAAGAGUGGUGUUUGACGAAGUCCACUUUGGCAAAUUUGCCCUGUACUACCUUGAACGGACCUACUUCUUUGACUUGCACCCGCCCAUGGCCAAAUUACUUAUCGCCGCCUGGGGGUGGCUUGCCGGGUACGAUGGCCACUUUAAGUUCGACAAUAUCAACGACGACUACCUCAAACACGACGUCCCCUACGCGUGGUUACGGCUGUUACUGGCAGUGCAGGGUACGCUAGUGGUGCCGGUGUUAUUUUUGACGAUGAAGACGUUGGGGUUCUCGGUACUGGCAGCAUUGUUCUCGCUGGUGCUUGUGGCAUUUGACAACGCCCAAAUCAACGAUCUGAGACUCAUUUUGUUGGAUGCCACCCUUAUCUUGGCAGUGACGUUGACGAUGUAUUGUUACGCCAAUUACUCUAAGGUGCGCACUCAGCCGUGGCUGGUGAAGUGGUGGUUCUGGCUUUACGCCACCGGCAUCUCGCUUCUGUUGGUCAUCUCCACCAAGUACGUGGGGGUGUUUACCUACGCGGCGAUUGGCGUCGGCAUUGCCUACGAACUUUGGAUUCUCUUAGAUGCUGACCGUGGCCUCUCCAUGGUUCAGUUCACUUAUCAUUUUGCCGCCCGCGCGUGGGCAUUGAUCAUUGUCCCCUUCUGUCUCUACUUGUUCUGGUUUUACCUCCACUUUGCCAUUCUCACCAAACUGGGUCCUGGUAAUAACUUCAUGCUGCUGGAAUUUAAGGAGACGCUUGAAGAAUCGGAGUUGGACGUCAUUGCCAAGCUGCUCCAAUACGGUGAUACCAUUACCAUUAAGCACCAGGACACGGGAGCGUUUUUGCACUCCCAUGACUUCGUGUACCCUUUACGGUACGAAGACGGUCGGGUGUCCUCACACACCCAGCAAGUCACCGCUGUUAAGCCCGGUCAGCAUUUCACCGGUGACGCCGCUGACGAUGAAAAUAACCUUUGGAUCGUGGAAGCUCCUCAAGGUGACAAAGAGGGCGACGGGGUGUUCACCCAAGACCAAUUCCGUUUGCGCCAUGUGGGUACUGGUGGCUACAUGUUAACCCACGACGUGGCUCUGCCGCUUUUGCUGACCAAUGAGGAGUUUACUGUUGGUUUCAACGACGACGUCGCUGUCGGUGGUCGCCUUUACAACGACACCUUAUUCCGUUUCCGUUUUGGUGGGAAGGACCACAAAGCGAGGAAACAAAUCAAGACUAAAACCCUGCAAAUCAAAGUGAUGCACGUGGCCACCGUGGUGGCGAUGUGGACUCACGAUGACGAGGUACUUCCUCAAGAGUGGGGGUUUGGCCAUCAGGAAGUUUCGGGCAACAAAAAGGUGGCUGAGAGCAACAACUUGUGGACGAUUGACGAAAUUGUCGGCAUGAGUGAAGACGACCCUCGUAACGUUCAUGAGCCUCGUCCAGUUAAGCACAUCCCAUUUUUGAAAAAAUGGUGGGAAUUGCAGGGGCUUAUGUUCCGCCACAACAAUCAAUUGAGCAGUGAACACCCGUACGCCUCGCAACCAGACGCAUGGCCCCUUGCCUUAUCGGGGGUGCUGUUCUGGAAUGACAACGAAAACAAGCGCCAAAUCUUCUUCGUCGGUAACAUUAUCGGUUUCUGGGUACAAACGGCAUUAUUGGCGGUGUUUGUGGGACUUGUGUUUGCUGACUUGGUUACUCGUCGUCGCCAUGUCUUCAUCCUCACUAAUCAAGCAAGACUGCGUCUUUACCAUACACUUGGCUUUUUGUUCAUUGCUUGGGGCUGCCAUUACUUCCCGUUCUUCUUGAUGCACCGGCAAAAGUUUUUGCACCAUUAUCUUCCCGCUCAUGUCAUUGCUGCAAUGUUCGCGGGUGGUUUAGUGGAGUUCCUUACAAGCAACAACCUGACGCUUAGAGGCACCCAUAUGGGUUUGCGCCGGAAGAAGAACCUUUUGGUGCUGGCCCUUCUUAUCAUCCCCGUUAUUUGGUGCUUCUACUUCUUCUCGCCCCUCACCUACGGUAAUGUCGUUUUACCUCCAGAUGAAGUGCGUAAGCGCCAAUGGUUCGACAUUAUUUUGCACUACAACAAGUGA